GGUGCCGAGCUGCAGGCCCUCAGUGGCUGAGGAGGCUUGAAAGGUUCGGUGUGUAGUUCUUUGAGCGCUGCUGCUGGGCGCUGCUGUGAGGGGAGCAGGCUCCGAAGUCGCCAUGACUGCAAUGACCUAUGAUGAUGUGCACGUGAACUUCACUCGAGAAGAAUGGGCUUUGCUGGACCCUUCCCAGAAGAGUCUCUACAAAGAUGUAAUGCUGGAGACCUACAGGAACCUCACUGCUAUCGGUUAUAAUUGGGAAGACCAUAAUAUUGAAGAACAUUUUCAAAGUUCUAGAAGACAUGGAAGGCAUGAAAGAAGCCAUACUGGAGAGAAACCCACUGAAUAUACUCAAUGUGGUAAAGCCUUUGCAUAUCCAAGUUAUCCUCAAAGGCAUGAAAUAAUUCAUACUGGAGAGAAACCCUAUGAAGGUAUUCAGUAUGGUGAAGCCUUUGCACAUCACAGUAGUCUCCGAAUACAUAAAAGCACACAUACUAGAGAGAAACCCUACAAAUGUAAUCAAUGUGAUAAAUCCUUUUCACAACAUAGUUAUCUGAGAACACAUAAAAGAACACAUACUGGAGAGAAGCCCUAUGAAUGUAAUCAAUGUGGUAAAGCCUUUGUAUAUCACUGUUAUCUUCGAAUACAUAAAAGAACACACACUGGAGAGAAACCCUACAAAUGUAAUCAAUGUGAUAAAGCCUUUUCACAACCCAGUCAUCUUCGAAUGCAUAAAAGAACACAUACUGGAGAGAAACCCUAUCAGUGUAAUCAAUGUGGCAAAGGCUUUGUAUGUCAGAGUCAUCUUCAAAGACAUGAAAGAAUUCAUACUGGAGAGAAACCCUAUGAAUGUAAUCAAUGUGAUAAAGCAUUUUCACAACACAGUUCUCUCCAAACACAUAAAAGAACACAUACUGGAGAGAAACCCUAUGAAUGUAAGCAUUGUGGUAAAGCCUUUGCAUAUCAUGGUUAUCUUCAAAUACAUGAAAGAACACACACUGGAAAGAAACCCUAUAAAGGUAUUCAGUAUGGUGAAGCUUUUGCACAUCAGACUGGUCUCCAAAUACAUAAAAGAACACAUGCUGAAGAGAAAACCUAUGAAUGUAACCAAUGUGGUAAAGCCUUUGCAUAUCACAGUAGUCUCCAAAAACAUAAAAGAACACAUACUGGAGAGAAACCUUACAAAUGUAAUCAGUGUGAUAAAGCCUUUUCACAACACAGUUAUCUCCGAAUACAUAAAAAAACACAUACUGGAGAGAAACCUUAUGAAUGUAAUCAGUGUGAUAAAGCCUUUGCAUAUCGUGGUCAACUUCAAAGACAUGAAAGAAUUCAUACUGGAGAGAAACCUUACAAAUGUGAUCAGUGUGGUAAAGCCUUUUCACAACACAGUUAUCUCCAAAUACACAAAAGAACACAUACUGGAGAGAAACCCUACGAAUGUAAUCAGUGUGGUAAAGCCUUUGCAUAUCAUGAUUAUCUUCAAAUACAUAAAAGAACACAUACUGGAGAGAAACCCUAUGAAUGUAAUCAAUGUGGUAAAGCCUUUGCAUAUCAUGGUUAUCUUCAAGUACAUAAAAGAACACAUACUGGAGAGAAACCCUACAAAUGUAAUCAAUGUGAUAAAGCCUUUUCACAUCACAAAAGUCUUCAAAUACAUAAAAGAAUACAUACUGGAGAGAAACCUUAUGAAUGUAACCAAUGUGGGAAAGCCUUUGCAUGUUGCAGUGGUCUUCAAAGGCAUGUAAGAAAUCAUGCUGGAGAGAAACCCUAUGGAUGUAUUUAACAUGGUAAAGCCUUUGCACAUUUCCAUAGUCUUCAUUAUCACAAAAGUAUUUAUACUGGUGAGAAGCCCUAUGAAUAUAAGCAAUGCUAUAAAGCCUUUGCCCUUGACAGUUAUCUCUGAAUGCAGAAUAGAACACACACUGGAAGGAAACCUUAUGAAUGUUCUUAAUGCCUUUGUGUUAUGAUGACUGCUGACUGCUUAGAUCCAACACAACUCAAAACCGGGUCAAUGCAAAUGACAAGGAUUUAUUGUAAUCAAGCUGCUACUGAUCUGUCAGUGCCACAGAACAGAUUCAGGAGCUGAAAUGUGACCUGGAGCCAGAAUGUUACAGAGCUUUUAAGCUUGAAACCACAAACAUCUGUGCCAAAUUACAGUUAAAUUUUUUCACCAAUCAGGACUUAAGGAUGGGGCCUUUCCUUAUGUGGUUGAUCUGUGUCAACUGAUACAGAAUUUGGGUUUUACAAUCUAAUGAGCUUCAUUUGUUCUUUUGUGGUUAGAACAGUCAUAUUUUGGGAAACAAAAAGUAAAUAACAAAAGCCGUGGUUAAGAAUAGUUAUGUUUAGGAGAACAAAAGAUGAAUAAUGGAAGCUGCUCAUCUUUUGGGAAGCCCCCAGCUCUCCCAGGACAUGGGAACCUGAAGUUAGUUUCACCUGAUGAUUAAAUGGAGUCUGAAAACAAAAAGGUGGUAUUUAGGACAGGUUUCUUUUGCUUGUUCCCAACGUUUGCAUAUCGCAGUCUCCUUAAAAUAUGUAAACUAACACACACUGGAGAGAAACCUUACAAAUGUGAUCAAUGUGAAAAAGCCUUUUCACAACACAGUCAUCUAUGAAUAGAUAAAAACACAUGCUGGAGGGAAACCCUAUGAAUGUAAGCAACGUGUUAAAAGCCUUUGCAUGUAGCAGUAUUUGAAAUUAUGAGAAAAAGUCAUACUCCAGAAAAACCCCUAAAUGUAGUCUGUGUGGUAAAGUUUUACACUUCAUGGUAUCUUCAUACUUGAGUAAAACCUUUAGUGUGUAAUCAAUUUGUUAAAACCUUUUCAUAUCAUGGUAGUAUUUGAGGACCUAAAAGAAUUCACACUGAAGGGAAUCUGUGACUAUAAAGGAUUUGGCAAGAUCUUUGUAGAACCACACUUACAUUCAGCUUACACAAGAUUAUUCUGGAGGAAAAAAAAAUGUGACAAGUGUAUAGUGAGAGUUCUGGUUUCUUUUAAUAAACACAGAAAUGUUA